AUGUUAGAAAAAGUUCUUCGCGAUAAGCCCCUACGACUUUACCUUCACUAUUUGAGUCAACUGAAUCCGAGAGAUAUUCCAAGCAAUGAGAUCCAACUGACUAAUGAAAUUAUUCGAUUUCUGGUGAGUAAAAUUACAGUCAAAUCUCCAUACAACGAAGACUAAAAAUGCACUCGUUAGAGAAGAGCUUCGUUCUACGAAGGUUUAUUUUGACCUGAAUUACCUCUUGGGACUCUUGAAAUUGUUUGUUAUAGAGAGGUUUUACUAUCACAACUCAUAAUUUUUUGUAAAGAUUGCAUAGCAGUAUUUGUACAACAACCUUUCAUAUAACGAAACCUCUAUAACAAAUGAUUUCAGAAGCAAUUUUUCGCACAGUGCGGACCUUUUCAAAGCUUUUUCGUACUGUGCAGUUUCCAUUUUGAAAAAGCAGUAUUGUUUUAUAAAUCGUCAAAUUUGUCAAAAAGUAUCUUUUCAGCUCUGUUCCCGCAGAAUCCACAACGCGCUAAGCCCAACAUCUCAACGCAUUAAAGCCUGCGACGGCGAAUUUUGCAUUUCCUUGGAGGUGACUGACUGGGAUCUCAUUGAGUAUUACCAUCAAAAUCCAAUUGUCUUGGCAACAUUGUCUCUGUUGCAUCAUGAGAAGAAAGAUCGCUGCUUUCGAAUGAUCCUGAAUGUUGAUGGAGGAAACCAGCUCGAUAGGAUAAUGCUGAAAUUCAUGUUUUGGGCAAAGCGUAAGUUUUUUUGUAUUAUAAUUACCCUCUAUGGUAAAAAAAGUAUGAGACGUUUUAUGCCAAAACUUCAAAAGUCUCACAUUUUUUCCGAAAAAAUUUGUCUAAAUUUGUAUCAAGUUUCAUCAAAAUCUGAGCGUCGCACUUGAUGUACCUCGCCUGUUUGCCAAAAUGACCGCAAUUUGAAUUCAAUUUGAUGUCAUUUUGAAAAAUUCUGUUAAAUUGGUGCGCGUUUUUUCAGGAAACUCAUCCAAUUUUUUUCUGGACGCGCAAUUACGCUCCAAACUUUUAUCUCAAGUGAUGGACGAUCUCGGCUAUCGAUACGAAAACUUUGGUAAUUUUAAUGACGUCAUCUAUUAUCACUACGUACAAGAUCUGCAUAAAGUUCUGAGCAAGUCAACGAGGAAUCGGAACGCCGUCCUCAUAUAUGGUGCGGAUUUUAGCCACACACAUGAGGAAGAAGACGGCUGGAGGAGACAACCGUGUAGGAACGUGUGUAAGUUUACAUAUAAAUAUAUUCACAUUCAAUUAUUUGCGAUACAAACUACUACGCUUUUUAGAUUUACAUGGCUUGCUAGGCCACCCAAAACUGACGGAGUUAAUUUUAGAAAAUUGUAAUGGAUUUACGCUGUGCGACUACUUACCGUAAGUGCUUUUUCUACAGAUCGCAUGUUGUAAGAGACCUACAUGGGGCGCAAAGUGGGCGUUAUUAGCUUACUAGGCCACAAGUGCGACGCUGUGAUAUUCUUUAAACUUUGCACACACGUCAGGCGUAUGCCACAUACCAAUUCCGAAAGUUUUAGCCCUGAAAGACAAAGAUACACAGCGUUUGCAUGAUUGAUGUAGGUGUAAUUUUUAAGGAAAUACUUCGAGAAAUACCUAGCUAGGUCAUAA